UAUCAUACAAUUGAAAUAUAAAUAAAGUGAAUACCACAUAAUAAUACAGAAGUUCAACAAUGGUUCCUUUAACAGAAGAUUCCCUAGAGGAAGCAAUUAAAAGCGACAAUUCUAUAAAAAAUGCUGCCGAACAAAUAUCAAAAGAUAUACAAAAUAAAUCUUAUGAAAUUGUAAAUUUAUGUGAGAAACUUAACUUUGCUUUGACCUCAAGCAAUGUGGAACAACGUGUCCAGGGAACUUGGCUCUUUUCUCGUGUAUUAGCCAAUUUACCUAAGGAUCAACUAAAUGCCGAACAAUGUGAAGUUUUAGCUACAUUCUACGCUGCCCGCCUGAAAGAUCAUCAUAAUGUUAUACCGGCUAUUAUAGAAGGCAUUGAUGCAUUGGUUCAUAUGAAAAUGUUUUCCGGAAAAGGUGUGGUGGUGAUAUUACAAAGUUUUUUCCUCAAUACAACAUGUCAAUCCCAAUUGAGAAGUGACCGUUACAGACUGUUCACAAUCUUUAAGUACAUAUCAGAAACAUAUGUAGAAGAUCUAAAGGCAAUGUCUGGUGACUUUAUUUAUGGUAUCAUAAGUUCUAUUGAUGGAGAACGAGAUCCUAGAAAUCUGGAUUUCAUUUACAAUUUUAUGCCUGAUUUUAUAGCCACUUAUCCAUUGUUGCAUUUAAACGAAGAAAUGUUUGAAAUAUUUGCUUGCUACUUUCCCAUUGACUUUAAUCCAUCCAAAAAUGAUCCCGAUACCAUAACCAGGGAGAAUUUAUCGAAAAAAUUAACAAAUUGCCUGGUGGCCUCGCCUGAUUUUGUAGAAUGGUGUGUAGCGUUAGCUUUGGAAAAACUCGAAAGUGAACUGGUUGUUGCGAAAUGUGAUUCAUUGGAAUUAUUGUAUCAAGCAGCCUUGAAAUUUUCCUGUGAAAGUAUGGAAAGUCAUUUUGAACAAAUUUGGACAGCUCUCAAAUCAGAAGUAUUUCCUGGUAGUGACAAUAAGGAUGUCGUUGCGCUAGCUUUACGCGCAUUACGUUGUAUUCUAGAGCAAGCAACUGCUGCAUCAAAAUCAACUAUUUCACAUAAUUAUCAAACAAUGAUAUUGGGCACAAUACUAACACAUCUAAGUGACGUAAAACAUCGUCUAUUUAAUCCGGCUUCAUUAAUUGCUUUGGUUUGUGUGUCUGGUGAUCCCAUAUUCGCUAGCGAAAAAAUACUUAAUACAUUCUUGUUGAAGUUAAAUGAAACUCCUGCUUCUCUGGAUGAUGAACAAUUCAUACGAAUCUUUAAUAUUAUUUCGCAAAUAUUUUGUAUUGUUGCUGCUAAAGGGGAAAACGUUUUUAAGGCGAUUAACUCGGAUGUUUGUGCACAAUUACAUGUUCUGGUCAUCCAACAAUUGAGAUUAUUUGAAACAACUACACAGGAACCUUUAAAUCAAGAUUUACUAAAAGCUGCCAUAGUGGUUUUAGUAGAAUCGGCACCUAUAAUCAAUGAAUCGAAUCGAGCUCUUGUGUACAAAGUAUUAAUGCAAUUGCUAACACAUGACUCUAUCGAUUUGGAACAAACCCAAACUUUGUUAGAACGUUUGUUAGAACGGGUUGCAACCGUUGAAUUGCAAUCGAAUUGUAUUGAUGCGUGCAUAAAUAACUUUGCAAACUAUUCAAAUUUUGUCAAGGAAAAAAUACUUGCAAAUAUUUUACCCUUGGUAAGACAAAUGGCUUUUACCCAACGCAUUAUGGAUUUAUUAUUCCAACUAUCAUUUGGUGAUGAAUCUAUUAGCAAUGAUGUACGCCUGUUGGCUUUAAAAGCUCUUAAUAAAUUGCUACAAAAUGAAGAUGAACGUUUCAUUGAAGACCUGCAGCAUAAUAGUGAACUAAUAACUAAACUUGUACAUUUAGCACAAACCAAUAAAACUCUAGAAUGUUUGGUAUUGGCUGAAAUAUCACAAAGUCUCAGUUUAAUAAUCCAAACAUUAACACUUUCCGAACAAUACAUGGUGGCAACGGAAUACCUAAAUAGCUUGAAUCUACAACUGACAGCUGAUUUAUAUAUUGCCAAAGGUUUGCUGGGAUUCCUGCACAAAGACAUCAGUUUGGAUGAUCAUUUCGAACGUUUAAUGGAUGACCUUACCCAAUUAUCUUUAAAGUCUGAAGAUGAACAUGUUCGUGAAGUAGCACAUCAUUUAAUGUGCAGUUUGGUUAAUAAAAUCGAUUAUACUAACAGCAAUCGUGGCACUGUAAAGCGUAUAAUUGCCAGUCUAAAAGAUGCCAUUAGAAAAGAGAACAAAAAGGCUGUCGAAGCAUUAUCGUGGUUGGCCAAGGGUUUAGUUAUGCGUGGCUCAGAUGAUGCUGGCGAAAUUGUUGAAGCGCUGGCUGAACUUUUAGAUCAUGCUUCAUUGGCUACAGCAGCCUCUUUGGCAUUUGACAUAAUUUCUGCGGAAUAUCCACAAUUGCAUUUACCAGUUGUUAAAUAUUUGUUCAAACAAAAAUUCUUCCAUAUGAUUUUAAACAAAUUGGGACAUAAACUAGAAACAUAUUGUGAACACCAUUUGACAGCCUUUAUUUACGUUUUAAAGGCAACGCCACAUGCGGUACUGAAAAUGAACUUGGAAAAGAUUGCACCAAUAAUCUUUAAAUGUUUGGAAUCGACCAAUGGCCAUACUCUAAGUAUUUCGCUGAAAAUAUGUGAAAAUUUUAUUAAACAACAGGAUGAAUACUACCGGGGACACUUGAAUCAUUUAAUACCAGCUUGUUUAAAGUUAUCAAAAUUCAACAACACUAUGCAAGUACGAAUUUUGGCAUUGAACUUAUUGUAUGAUAUUACGAAAUAUCCCACAUUUGUUUUAUUGCCCUACAAAAUGGAUGUCGUGCUGGACUUGGCAACAGCUUUGGAUGAUCCCAAACGUUUAGUACGCACAGCAGCUGUUCAAGCGCGCAACUCUUGGUAUUUAGUGGGUGCUCCAAAUUCAACAUAAUCAAUUGUUUAACACUAUAACAUGACUUUUAAUAAUUUGUUUCUCUCUUCCGUUUAACACUUAAGUUUUAUUGUUUUAAAUCCUUGUAAAAUAUUCAACUCAAAAAUAGUUAAAAUAUUUUAAUAUUAAAAUACUAAAAAAAACUUAUUUUUUUAAUAAUAAAGUUUAUUAUUUCAAAGACCA